AUGAGUGAUGAGGAUGCAUUCUUUAGAGAUUAUGCAGUAUCGCACAAAAAGCUUUCUGAACUAGGUUUUACUCCAAGUUCCGGUUCCAAGGUUAUUGUGAAGGACUGCACCAUACUGGCACAAAGCGCUGUUGGCGUUGCUGUUGCUGCUGCCGUGGUGAUACUGAGUUACGUCUACGAAGUCCGAAAAAGAAUGAAGUAG